AUGGUUAUUGUGGGGGCUUCAGAUGCUUUGAAGUGCAAAAUGCUUCCGUCAACUUUCAAGAAGUCAGCGAUGAUUUGGUUUACAACUCUGCCGGCGGGAUCGAUUGUGAAUUUCAUGGAAUUGUCGGCAAAGUUUUUGUCUCAGAUCUCAACUAGUCGUGCUCAAAAGGUGACUCGAGCGAUGUUAUUCAACGUUCGCCAGGGAUUGAAUGAGACUUUGCAGUCUUAUAUGGGGCGAUUCAAUCAAUUGUCUGUUCAUUUGGAGGAUAAGAUGCUGGAGAUUUGUGUUGCAGCUUUUGAAUUGGGUUUACGGCCUGGGAGCUUAAACAGUAAUUUGAGUUGGAAGCCGGUGGAAACAAUGGCGCAUUUACGUGAAAGAGUACAAGGAUUCAUCAGGGAGGAACAAAGCGAUCGGAUCAAAAAUAACCGCCCGAAUGUAGCAGUUACAGGGCAAAAACAGCAGUUUGAGGCGAAGAGAGGAGCGGUUGCUGAACAGUAUUCGAAGGGGUGGACUGAACGUGGAGAUAGAGGAUUUAAUAAUCGGAACCGUUAUGAUAGUCGAUUUGAUAACCGUUCUCAUUUCAAAAAUCGUGCUCAACCGUAUGGUGUACGUGGAUCGGGACACUCGAUGACGUGGACUCGAAAUCAAAAGGAUCGUGUUACUCCUUUGGCGGUCAAUUUAACUGAAGCUUUACACACGUGCUUGGAGGCGAAUGUCAUUCAUUUUCCUCGUCAACCGAAGCAGUCAACGGGAAACGUGGACAAAACAAAGUGGUGUGAAUAUCACAGGAUCUCAGGUCAUACCACUGAUGAUUGCUUUACUCUAAAGAAAGAGAUUGAUAAAUUGCUGAAAGCCGGAUGCAUGAAGCAAUUAGAAGGGCGAAGUGAUUCUAAUGAGGCAGGAACUUCAACAAAGCGAACUGAAGAUGGAAAGGAGAUUAUGAAUGAAGAUCGGGGGAAACAAGCAGAAGGAACGGCAAAGGGGCGAAUUCAUUCUAUCUUUGGUGGAUUCCGUGGUGGCGGAACAACUAAUUCAGCUCGAAAAAGGUAA